AUGUCCACCACAUCCGCUCUGCAGACCCGUCUUAAAGAGCUGUCGUCUACACUAGGAGAGAUCCAGCCGCUUGUUGACCGUCUGAACACGUUCACCGCUUCCAUCGGCCAAGGCGACGAGGCUCGCGUGGAGCUCGGGUCCGAGAUUCAUGCGCGGGUGAAGGAAGCCGAGGAGGAGCUGGAGCUGCUGCGGGUGGAGGUUGAGGCACUCGAUUCUGGUACAAGUGAUAGGAGGAGGAGGUCUCUGGCUGGUAAUGGGGACAAGGAGGCGGAAAAGGAACGAGUGGUUGCGCUGGCGGGGAGGUUGGCGGCUGAUCUCAAACGGACUCGGGGGGAAUUUCGAAAUGCCCAAUUGCAGGCCAAGCGGAAUGCAGAGCUUGCGAAGCGCAAAGAGAGAGAGCUACUGCUGUCACGGCCAAAGUCGCCUCCUGGAGAUGGACAGCGCCGACCAUCGGAGAAACUCACCCAGGAUGCUCUGGAGCGAAAUGCGUCCAACGACGUUACGGCUGCAUUACGGAGAACACACCAACUGAUGCAGGCGGAGCUAUCCCGGAGCCAGUUUGCGCAUGAGACCCUCGAACAAUCCACUGCAGCCAUUUCCUCCCUGUCCGAAUCCUAUACCAGCCUCGACACCCUUCUCGCCUCGUCCCGCAGUCUUGCCAGCUCUCUGCUCCACUCCCAGAAAUCAGAUACCUGGUACCUCGAGACCGCCUUUUAUCUUCUUGUUGGUACUAUCACAUGGCUUCUCUUUCGUCGCAUUCUGUACGGGCCUAUGUGGUGGCUGGUCUGGCUUCCCGUCAAAUUCAUUGCUCGCUUUGUCUUUGCAGUGCUGGGAGUAGGGGGACUUUCCAGUACCGCUGUACAGCCCGCUUCGAGUCCACUUGGUGACAUCUCUACUACCAUCCAUGGAACAGGUACUACCGUUGUCUCAACUGCUGUGACAGGUAGUGGUGUGGCUGAAAAUCAGAAACCAUCAGCGCCUGACGACGAUGACCGCCUGAUUGACAGGGUUGGAAAGAUGGUCGAGGAGAGUGAUCGGCCGCGGAACACGAAGAAGAGAAUGUACGAAGAGGAACCGGAUGAUCCGCACCGCUUUGAUGAGCUAUAG